GACGUUUCUCUUCCCUUCUACCCCAUCUAUCCACCAACUCUCCCAUUUUAAAGUUUUCUUAUUAUCCUUUUUCUCUUUGUCCCGUUGAAAAUGAUGUCUUCUUCCUUUGUUAAAAGCUCAGUUUCUUUGAACUUGAGCUCGAUGUCUACUGAUGCCGCCGAUCAGAUGGGAUCCGCUAAUCAGCCCUCCGGGGAGAUCCACGUCAUCAUCGGGCCCAUGUUUGCAGGCAAGACCACCUCUUUACUUCGCCGUGUCAAAUUGGAAUCCGACAGUGGCAGAAGUGUUGCCAUGAUAAAGUCAAGCAAGGACACAAGAUAUGCCACAGAUGCAGUGGUGACCCAUGAUGGGGUGAAGUUCCCCUGUUGGUCAAUGCCAGAUCUUUCAUCCUUUAAGCAGAAAAUUGGAGUUGAUGCCUACGAAAAGGUAUUUCAAUUGUAAUCCCUUGUGCGUUUGGCUUGAUUUGCUG